CACGUCGGCAUAGCCGAGGCCGCGCGCGAGACCAACGCGGGCCAAAGUGGAGGCGCCAUCCGCGAUGCGUGCGCGGAGAUCCCCCCGCCUGGCCCCGAGCGCACGACGGAGCGCGAGAGCCCGUGGAACCAUGGGCCGGCGCAGCUGCGACGACGGGGCCAGCUGCGCAGCGAAGGUGAUGACGCGCAGAAGACGGAGCAUGAGGAUGUCAAGCAGCAGCCCGCGGCCGCG